AUGGCUACCAGAAGAGAGAAAUGCCAAUGGUGUGGGCAGAAAAUGCUAGUGCCCCUGCAAGCACAAGCCUUUUCUUGUCCAUACUGCCAAAACAUCAACCAAACCAGGAAUUACCAUAUUGGUUAUCUACACCCACAAAUGAAUGGAAGUCACCCACGGAUCUCAAACAAUGGCAUGAGUUAUGACAACACAAAUGGCUGGAAUCCUGCAAGAUAUUACCAGUCUUACAUACCAAUUCAGGUUUCACCACCUAACUUUCAUGGCCGAAAAAGAGCUGUUUUAUGUGGGAUAACCUACCAGGGGCACCCGAAGGCUCUUAAAGGAAGCGUUAACGAUGUGCUAUCCAUGAAAUCUCUUCUAGUUUGGAAGCUGGGCUUUCCAAAUGCUUCUGUUGUGGUUCUUACAGAGGAAGAAGAAGAUCCGUAUCGACAACCAACGAAGCGCAACAUCCUAACAGCCUUGCAGUGGCUUGUCCAAGGAUGUCAAUCAGGGGACUCAUUGGUGUUUCACUACUCAGGCCAUGGAUCUCGGGUGAGAGACCGCGAUGGAGAUGAGGUGGAUGGACACGACGAAGCAUUGUGCCCGGUUGACUAUGAGACUGAGGGGAAGAUUCUGGAUGAUCAGAUCAAUGAUAUCAUAGUAAGACCACUCCCUCGUGGCGCCACGCUUCAUGCCAUCAUUGACACUUGCUUUAGUGGAACUUUUUUAGAUCUACCAUUUCUGUGUAGAAUGAACCGGGAAGGAUAUUACCGGUGGGAAGAUCAUCGGAUGCCUAACGGGCGAUAUGCACCGUAUAAGGGUACCAGUGGGGGAUUGGCGAUUUCUAUCAGUGCCUGUGAUGAUAAUCAGAAUUCUGGAGAAGCACCAAUUUUCACAGGGUCGGCAACUGGUGCCCUGACUUACAGCUUUAUCCAAAUAGUAGAGCGCAAUGAAGCAAGAUUGACAUAUGGUUACUUACUUUCAACCAUGCGAAACUAUAUUCACGACGCGCAGAAAACGCUGUCAAAUGGAAGAAUCGAGCCAGAUUCAGUCCAGGAACCUCAAUUGUCAUCGUCGGAGCAGUUUGAUGUUCAUUCGAAGUAUUUCGUCUUAUGA